UAUCUUGAAAUAUUUUUUAUGGUAUGGUACAUGGUACAUCACAGUAUACAGUAUCGAUGUGUAUUGCAAGUGGUGCAGGUGUUGCAUUAAUGAAUUCCUUCUAUAUUAUUUUAAGAUAAGUUGUGUUAUUAACCGAUUAACGCGCAAUGGCUACGUCAAAGACUACCAAUACGUAUAACAGACAAAAUUGGGAGGAUGCGGAGUUCCCGAUACUGUGUCAGACGUGCUUAGGAGACAAUCCGUACAUUCGUAUGACAAAGGAGAGAUAUGGUAAGGAAUGCAAGAUAUGUAUGCGGCCGUUUACGGUGUUCAGAUGGUGUCCGGGAGCGAGGAUGAGAUUUAAGAAGACCGAAGUCUGUCAGACGUGCAGUCGAUUGAAGAACGUCUGUCAAACGUGUCUGUUGGAUUUGGAGUAUGGCUUGCCGAUUCAGGUUCGCGACGCCGCUUUGAAAAUUAAGGACGAUUUACCACGUUCCGAUGUAAAUAAGGAGUACUAUGUACAAAACAUAGACAACGAAAUUGGAAAGAUCGACUCGACGACGCCGGCCGGCGCGGUCGGCAAGUCCGCCGCGGCUAGCGAUCUGCUGAUGAAGCUGGCCAGGACCAGUCCGUAUUACAAGAGGAACAGGCCGCACAUUUGUUCGUUUUGGGUUAAGGGCGAGUGCAAGAGAGGCGAGGAAUGUCCUUAUCGGCACGAGAAGCCAACGGAUCCCGACGACCCGUUGGCAGAUCAGAACAUUAAGGAUCGCUAUUACGGGGUCAACGAUCCGGUGGCGGAUAAACUGAUGCGCAGGGCAGCGGCCAUGCCUAAGCUGGACCCACCGGAGGACAAGUCCAUCACGACGUUGUACAUCGGCAAUCUGGGCGACGUGCUAACGGAGAAACAGCUGCGCGAUCAUUUCUAUCAGUACGGCGAAAUCCGCUCGGUGACGAUGGUGCCGCGUCAGCAGUGCGCCUUCAUCCAAUACACGCAGAGAAGCGCUGCCGAGGCGGCAGCCGAAAGGACGUUCAACAAGCUGAUAUUAGGUGGAAGGCGGCUGACCAUAAAGUGGGGCCGUUCGCAGGGAAGGCAGACCGUGUCCGUGGCGGAAGCGACCAGGGAGAUUCUCGAGCCUGUUCCAGGUUUACCUGGCGCCUUACCGCCACCGCCGCGAACCCUUGGGCACCACCUUUUCAAUCUGCAACCCACCCCCGGCGGCAUGAUACCGCCGAUGAUGAUCCCCCCGCCGCCGGCCGCCCCUCAGUUUAUGUUCCCGCCGCAAAUGGCAACUGCGGCCGCCGCCGCCGCCGCCGCUGCCGCCGCCGCCGCGGCCGCGACACCCAUCUUCCCUCCGGGAACGACCCCCAUUCAUUAUCCGAGCCAAGAUCCGUCCAGGAUGGGUGCGUCGCAGGGUGUGGGCAAACCUUGGCCGGAGGAGUAAUAGUAUAACAAUGCUAUAACAAUCAAUUUUUUAUGUACUUUUAUUGUAACUUGUAACGGCGUAACACGUAACAUUACUCGAGGCGGAAAUAUAUCAUUUUUCUUUCGCCUUUA